AUGGGGCAGCAGUUCAGCUGGGAGGAGGCAGAGGAGAACGGCGCCAUGGACGUGGCAGAGCUGCAGGAGUGGUACAAGAAGUUCCUGGAGGAGUGCCCCAGCGGCACGCUCUUCAUGCACGAGUUUAAGCACUUCUUCAAGGUCGCGGGCAACGAGGAGGCCACCCAGUAUGUAGAGGGCAUGUUCCGAGCUUUCGACAAGAACGGGGACGACACCAUCGACUUCCUGGAGUAUGUGGCAGCCCUGAACCUUGUGCUGAGGGGCACCCUGGAGCACAAGUUGAAGUGGACCUUCAAGAUCUAUGACAAGGACCGCAAUGGCUUCAUUGACCGCCUGGAGCUGCUGGACAUCGUGGAGUCCAUCUACAAGCUGAAGAAAGCCUGCAGGGUGGAGAUGGAGGCUGAUGAGCAAGGCGAGCUGCUCACACCUGAGGAGGUCGUGGACAGGAUCUUCCUCCUGGUGGAUGAGAACGGAGAUGGCCAGCUGUCCCUGAAUGAGUUCAUUGAAGGUGCCCGUCGUGACAAGUGGGUGAUGAAGAUGCUGCAGAUAGACGUGAAUCCCGGUAGCUGGAUCUCUCAGCAAAGGCGGAAAAGUGCCAUGUUCUGAGGGCUCCGGGGUCCUGGGAGCCCUCCAAGACUCCAGGCUCACCAGAAUGGACCCUCCACAGUUCC